AUGAAUGGAAGAGCCGCGACCACUGACGCCAAAUUGAUUGACAAGCAGGAUGCUUAUGAAGGAACACUGGACUCUUACUCUUACGUGGAAAAGAGUAAGACCUCUUCAGAGGGUAGAGACACAUUUGCAGUGACAUCUCGGACUGAAGCGAAUAUGAACAAUUGCCAGACACGCCCAGACUCUGGAAGAAGUCGACAUGGAACAUCUCCAAAGCGGGAAACUGAGUUUAUUGCAGCAGGACUAAGAGAUAUGAACCCCAUGGCUGGUACAGUAGCUGGGCAUCAUGAAUCUGUUCAAAUUCGGAGAGCCAUUCAGGAAAAUGGAUAUGAGUCUCCACCUGAGAAACAGGCAAGAGAACUGAAGAAGGAUUUAAGACAUGGCCACUUUGAGCAUCGAGAGAGGCCCAAGAACUUUGAAACUCCAGUGGCUUGGGAUUCUGUCCCAAAGGGCAGUGCUUCAAGACACAGUGAGGCUUGGAAAAUAAAAGACCCAAGCCCCGUGGGAGAAAAGGAUUGCAACAAAACUGGGAACUCACACACAGAAGUAACAAAAAUAGUUCCUCUCAAGCCGCAGAGAUCAAAGAAGUCUAUAAAUAAAGAGAACAAAGAUUUAAACCCUCAAACACACAGCCAGCCUGACAGAGGCGUCUUUGGUGCUGCCGGGGAUGUACAGAUGACAAAAUCUUCCUGUGAGUCAGGAAGGAGACUGGAUGAUAAUACUGUACCACAGUCUGCCACAGAUGUUGUGAAGGAAAACACAAUGGAUACCAAAUACCAGGGUGAAUCUACAGCGUUGUAUCAGCAGCAAAGUCAAACACAUCAGCAGAUUAGAAACGAGUUUUUCGGACAACAGGAGCUCAGGGACUGCAGGGAGUCUGCAGGCCAGUGGACGAGAGGAGGCGUUGCAUUUGAAGAAAAUUCUCAAAUCACCUCAGAGUUUAGCGCCAAAUUUCCAGCAGCUCCCCCACGCACUCUCCCCCUGAAAACACAGUGGUCCCGAGACAGACUGGGCAACAUGGACAACAGCCACAUCCACCACAGGACACCCAACCAAGAAACAGCCAAGAGGAAGCAAGCGAGCGAAGGUGACUGCUGUUGCAAGGAGCGCAAGACCUUUUUCCACCAUUUGUUUCUUUGA